AUGGAAAUCGUGAUUUCAAACUAGUGUUAGCUUUUAGAUUACCGAUUCUACUCAACGCAAUGGCACAAAUAGCAAUUACGUUACUUACGAGGGCAAUAGAGUACGAUUUAAAUGGAAGAAAAUUGGAAUCUCUCAAGCUAUAUGAAGAUGGAAUUGAAGCGUUACUAAAAGAAUCUAAAGCCGAACAGGAGCCAAAACGGAAACAGCAUUUGCAAAGUAAAAUCAUCGAGUAUAUGAAUCGAGCAGAGGAGGUAAAGGACCUGGUAACACGGUGGAGAAGUAAAGGAGAAAUUCGUGAUAAGAUACAUGUCGUCGAAGGUGCAACCGGUUAUAGCUACGGAAGGAUUUUUGGAAAAUACCUAACGGAUGAAGUGAAGGAGAUUAUGAUUGAAGAGCCCUACGUACGCGAGCAUCACCAACUGUGCAAUGUUGUAAUGUUCUGUGAGUUAGCAUUAACGAGCUGUAGGAAUCUAAAAUUCAUUAAGCUCCUAACUGUCCGAGAACAAAAAAAUAACGACGAACAAGGGCGCGCCUUUGAAAUUCUGAAAAAUAGCUUAAAAAAGCAAGGAGUACAACUGUCCGUGGAAUACUCUGAACACAUGCACGACCGACAGGUGAUACUCAGCAACGGAUAUAUCGUGAAAAUAGGUCGGGGACUAAAUUAUUUUAAACCCGCUUCGAGUAAAUACAGUCUUGGCGCUUUUAACUAUCACUUUCGUGAAUGUAGAGAAACAAAUAUUGAUAUAUUUUACUGUCCUGAAAACAAUAAAGUUUAG